AUGGUGUUGGAGCAUCAGAACUUGCUGCCGAGCCUGCAAGGGGGCGCAGGAGGGCUGCAGCCGUCGGCGCUGCAGUUGUACGCGGCCGCGGCGGCCCAGCUGGCGCCGCGUGCCAGGGUUCCGCCGUGGGCGCCGUUCCUGCAAUUCGGCGUGCCCAGCAUGUUCGGCGGCCCCUUCCUCAACCGGCCGCGCUUCGGACCCACCUCGGGCGGCGGCGGCUCGGGCAGCAGCGGACCAUCGGCCGCAGGCCUGGCCGCCACCCUGGGCAGCGGAGGCGGCGGCGGCGGCCUGGCCACCAUGAAUGGCAUCAACCAUCCCAGCGGCCUGACGCUGACGCGCACAAUGCCCGGGCCGCCCAGCGAGGAUUCCAAUGAAGACAAGGGCUCCGCCGUGGACGGUGACGAUGAGAGCAGUGCGUCCAAGAGGCGACGCUCGAGAACCAACUUCAACUCUUGGCAGCUGGAAGAGCUGGAGCGCGCCUUCUCGGCCAGUCACUAUCCCGACGUCUUCAUGCGCGAGGCCCUGGCGAUGAGGCUGGACCUCAAGGAGAGCCGCGUGGCUGUGUGGUUCCAGAACAGACGGGCCAAGUGGCGGAAAAAGGAGCACACGAAGAAGGGUCCUGGGAGGCCUGCGCACAACGCCCACCCGCAAUCCUGCUCCGGCGAGCCCAUCCCACCGAGUGAGCUGCGCGCCAAAGAGAGAGCGCGACGGCGAAAGAAGUUGGCCAAAGCGCUGGAGCGCCAGGCGCGGAAGCUGCGCUCCAAGGGCAUCACGGUGGACCUGGAGACCCUGAAGGCUGAGUACUUGUCACAGCACCGAGUGAACUCGGACUCGGAGAUCGAUGACGAUGACACACCGAUUGACGUUGUUGGCGGCGGCGAUUCCAGCGAUGAGCCCGAAGAUUGUUCCAUCACGCGACGCCCGAGUAGUGAGGAAUGCCUUGGCGACGAUGGUGACGAGUCCACGCCUAAGCUGACCAUCCGGCCCAAUCCCUUUAGUAUAGAGUCCCUACUCUACAACAACACAUGAGACCCGUAAGUCUGCGGACACCCAACAUUCCACCAGUCGUUUUCCACUUAACUAUCUCCCCUUUGACUGCAAGAGAUCGCAUAGACAAUUCCUCAUUUCGUGCGCUACAUAGUGAUGAACGUUUAUAUAUAUAUUUUAUAAUUAAUAUAUGACCAUAAAUUGAAUGAUAAUGAAAUAUAAUAGUACGGGGAAUGAUUGCCAUGAACGUCGAGAGGAAAUCAAAAUUGCACUGUAAUGCUUAAUGAUCGGUGUUUCGCUGACAGAAGAGGGGCGCGAUUAGGUGAUGUUCUCCAACGACGUGACAAUGUUGGCUCCGCCCACUUAGACGCUCCGCCCAGGCGCAUGACAAACACACUUAUCAUUGAGCAUUUUACAGCGUAUACCUCAAUUUAUUUUGAGAUAUUCCUCGUAAUUGUGUAAAGUCCUAAAAAUACGUAUGCAUUCUGAUAAUGUUCUAUUAUUUAUUCAUCCUAAAAUGAUAACAAGGUGUAUCAUAAUUAAGGUGACACUCAGUCGCAGAAUUCCGUGCCAUAGAACAUCUCUCAGAUGUACAGCUUGACUUUAGGAUGACGUACAAUUCUUGCCAUCGUCAGAAAGAAAAAGGUGAUCACAGUAGAAGCCCAGUGAACUGUUUGCUCAAUUCGCGGCAAAACCAUUUAUUAGUCAAAUAGUACCAUGAGAACUGAAGACAACGACUUGGUAAAUAGAAGAAGAAACGCAUAAUGAGAAAAUAUAUGAAUACCGAACGAAUGAUUCUUCCAAUCACAUCAACGCUGAAAUUGUAUGUGUUAUUAAAUAAUGCAUAAUAGACUAUUUUAGUGAAAAUAUCAAUUAUCACUAUCAUACAGCAUGACUAGUAAGGCAUCAUGUUAGUGAGAUAAAAUGGAAUAUUCUUAGAGGGUUAAUGUAUAAAUUAACUGUAUAGCAAUACAUAGGGUUUUAAGAAGAGAUGAUUUUGAAUUUUAUUUUCAAUUUCAAACGCAAUAUAUUUCCAGUGACUUGCACUGCAUUUAUUUAAGAACUCUUAUCCGCCGGCAUUCUUUUUCAGGAGAGUGCAAAGAAAAAAAACAGUUUCGUCAUGUUUAUUUGGACAUACAGAAGGUGAAAAAUUGUAUUUUUGGCGAUAUGAAUAAGGCGGAAAUGUGCAAUAUUAGAGACAUUCUUCGUGAAAAUUGUGCGCUGCUGAUAAAUUCAAUUUCCUAAUUUAUAUAUAUUGUAUUUUUAUUUGUUUUUUGGAAAAAGACAUUCUACAAAUUGUUACUUUGUACUUGCAACAGAACGAAAUUAUGCAACCAGUGUGUGUAUAAAAGGGAUAAAAACAUAGAAUUAGAAGAACACAUGUAGGUGGUAAAAGUAUUAAGACCGCAUUGGCAAAGUAGAUAAAUUUGAAAAGACAUUUAUAUGUAAAUAGCGAAUGGAAAAAGUAUAUCAAAGAGUGAACUGUACAUAGAAUAUUUUUUCCAAAAUUACCGAGAAAAAAGAGGCAGUUUGUGUCUGAAAUACGGAAGAGAGAGAGAAAAUUGAGAGAAAAAUGUGACUGCGGUCUAUGAAAAAGCUUCGCGGCUCUGCAAAUUACUUUCCUGGUUCUAUAUUUUUGCUCAAUCACCGAAGCACGAUAUUGAAUCCUUUUUUUCUGUUUUAACAUGUGCAGUGCCACCCAGUGUAAUUGCAGUGGGAAUAAAAUAUUGUUCUAUUUCCAAUAUUUAUUAUCCUCUCUUGAUGAGAAAAAACUCUAGAGGAAAAUGAGAGUUUCUCUCAAUUUUUCCAAUUUCGGACAAAUUUAUUCAUUACAGAUCAGCGGAAUAAUGCCAUUUUUUGUCAACAAUUCAAACGGAACUUCAAAUUCAUCAUUUUUGGUUAGAAUCAUGGGUAAAAUUACAUAUUUUCAUUCAAUAUCUGUGCCUAUUUCACUGAUCUGAACCAUGUUAUUGGAAUUCCUAUUCAUUUCCAUUCCUAACAACGUAAUAACAUGAUAAAAUGCCUGUCCAGAGGCGAAGAAAACCACCAAUUGAUUUCAUCCUAAUAAAUUUAGAGCCUUGAAUAAAUUUUUUGACUUCAUUAAUAAAUAAUUUACAUUCUCCACAUAUAUUUUCGAUAUAGAUGAAAAGGGAAGAGAAUGAAAAAAGCCUACACGAAGAGGUCAGAUGAAGAAAAAUGUGAAAAAUGUCAUAUCAUAAAGUCAAUAAGAUAAUUUUGUGAGGAAGAACAGAGGAUAAGAGAGUUGUAAGAAGCUGAGACACACCACAGAAGACGAUAUAAGCAGAUAAAUAUGAUGAAGAUUGUGUUAAGAACAUCAUUUGUGACACAAUGGAAGGAACACAUAUUUAUAUGUAAAUUGCCAAAAAAAAGGAACAGAAUGAGAGGUGAAAAA